GCGAGCUCUCGAAUGUCUUAUCGCUUUCCGUAUGACCGGUCAUUAUGAGUUGAGAUGGAAACAGCGAACUGUACGCGAUACCCUCACUUAUCGCACACGUCUCACAGAAUGUUUUGCGGAGCCGGAGAAGCCGAAAUUCCAGUGCGAAGUGAAUAGUUAGUCGAGGAAAACUCGCGGAGAUGAUUCGCCAAAUACUUGUGUGCAUCCUCUGCUCGCUUCACCAAACCAGGAGCCUUGGUUUCUCCAGGGAAGCACAUGGUUCCCGCGAAUGGUUCCGGAAGCCCAACGGGCUUUCGAUAUUGAAGCCUAAUGGAACUCGGGUCGUCACAUCAGGUGUCAUAGUCGGUGAAGUCGUUCACGACGAAGCCGGGCGCAUCAUUAAUUGCCGCUUCACUGAACUAAGGGACCGCGCCGAACGCGAUUUUCUGUACAAGAAACUGGGACGAAAAGCAGAAGUGAUCGAAUUCGAGGGCAUGAUCACUCUCAUUAGAAAAUGCGGGGAGGUUGUUGCUAGCAGUCAGGUGUUUCCACGCUUCGCGAAUCCUCUGCUCCCCGGGACUCUUUGGUGCGGUCCGGGAGAUGCGGCGGAAAACUACGGAGCUUUGGGAUUAGUGCGAGGACCCGAUGCUUGCUGCCGAGACCACGACCUGUGUCCAAUAAGAGCGCUCCCUGGAGAAACCACGACGUCCAAGGGACCAAAUCAAUACACGAUAUCGGACUGUCGAUGCGAUCGAGCGCUGAAACAAUGUCUCAAAAGGAGCCUCAAAGUCGAGAAGGGUCUCGCGGCCGGAGUCGUAUCAAGAAUAGUCAAAAUCGGACUGGGGGAAUGCUUCGCCGAAGACGGCUCGGUCACAUCCUCGACUUUCAGAUUUUUUGAUAUUCUGCGACAGACUGGGGGAGAUUGACGCUCCAUGGAUAGGGUUUGAAAUGGAUUCAGCAAAGACGAGCGGAGGGUUUGAAUCAUCAAAUCUGUCACGGCUCAUUUUUGAAGGCUUCCGACGCGGAUUUCGAAGAGAGCGAAGUUGUACAGGACAAUCGGAGCAUGUCUUCGACAAUAGUUCGUAGGUAGGAUGAUUGCUGACGCUUGAUCCAGUUUCUAAAAACCGAUCAUACGAUGCAUCCGGAGGAGUGAAGUAUAUAUUCUCGAAUGAAGACGCAAUAUAAACUCUGUAUA